AUGGCCACCAUCCUGGAGAACAUCCAGAAGGCGCGGUUCCUGCCGACGAGGCCGCUGCGGGACGACCUGCCCACCUUCCAGGGCGGCGGGGGCGGCAAGGGGGAGGAGAGCCACCUCAUGGGCCUGCGGAAGCGCCUCUCCAGCUUCUCCGGCAAGAUCCAGCCCAUCUCCUCCGCGUCCGCCGAGUGGGCGUUCCGGCGCACCCGGUCGGCGCCGUCGCUGGCCGCCGAGUUCGCCGGCGGCCCGCUCAAGCGCUGGUGGGACUGGGGCCUCGGCUGGCUGCUCUCCAAGAAGCUCGGCUUCGCCGGCGACCUGGAGAUGAACGAGGAGGAGGCCGCCGCGCUCGGCCGCCAAAGCCGGGGCACCUGGGCCCACGUCCUCUACAAGGUGCGCUCCGGGGUCCGCCGCCUCGUCGCGUCCGACCACUCGCUGCCCACCUCGCAGCGCCUCAGGGGCGCCUCGCUGCCCCCGUCCUCCUCCGCGCGCCAGCACUGCAAGCCCGCGCCGCAGUUCGCAUACACCCAGAGCUUCCAGUACGGCCAGGCAAUGGCGCACUAA